AUGUCGUCGAAAGAGCCACGACCGAAAGAGAAAGACAAGUCCAAGGUGCACAAGCUCUCGCUCAAGGGCAGCUCCAGACUGGUCGCCGAGUUUACUUCACCGCGUAUGUGUGCCAACUUUGCUACCACGACUCCUCCGUCAACGCGAGAGUACAACCAUGCUAAUUUCCGCGCCCGCGUCUCCAGCGUCAAGAAAUAUGGCCUCAACAUGCUCGUCUCGGCCGACGACCAAGUCAAGGCAUACAUCAAGAAAAUCAUGAGCCAGCUCGAUAAAUGGAUGGUGGGCGGCAAAAUAUCCAAGCUCGUCAUCGUCAUUACCGACAAGGACACGGGAGAGCAUGUCGAGCGUUGGCAAUUCGAUGUUCAAAUCUCACAACCGGCGGCAAAGUCCAAGCCGAAAGCACCCCCCCAACCCACCGACCAGGAAAACGUUGCGCCGGCAGCCGCUGCGGCUGCGCCAGAAAAGACAGAAGCCGAGAUUCAAGCCGAAAUCGCCGCCAUUUUCCGCCAGAUUACGGCCUCUGUCACUUUCCUGCCACAACUCAGCGGCGACUGCACGUUUAAUGUACUCGUCUAUGCCGAUGCGGACAGCGACGUUCCCGUGGAAUGGGGCGAUUCGGAUGCCAAGGAGAUUGCCAACGGCGAACAUGUCCAGCUCCGGGGGUUUAGUACGGCAAAUCAUCGUGUAGAUACCCUCGUCAGCUACAGGUUGGGAGACUAG